GAGAAGCCUCCACCAUAGACUGUAUGGCCUCCACCUGCUGAGUAAAACUUCUUCUUUGAGGUUUUUGGCGGCAGCUGGCAUCCAUGGAGUUGCGUUACAGCCAUCUAUUGGAUUAGUCCCACUUUCUGCGUCCCUGUCAACAUGUCUGUCUUCUACAUAUUUCCUGCAAGUAGAGCAUGGAGAAGAGUGCUUGAAGGAGCCUGUUGAGGAGCGGAUGUGAGGGAGGACAGUAAAAAGCUUAGGGAUCAGGAGAAGACUUGAUAUAAAGGCUGACUGGGACAAGCUGCCACUCAGACCGGUGGAGCUCUGCUCAUCUUAAAGCACACUUCCCCAAGUAACUGACCAAGGCUGACACAGCACGACGGAGUAGAAUGAGCAUGCGCAGAGCAGUGGCUGGUUGCGUGGUGCUGGCAUGCCUGGUGGCGCUGCUGGCUGAGAGGACAGAGGGACACAUCACCUUCUUCAGCCCAAAGGAGAUGAAGCUGAUGAAGGAGCGAGAGGGUAGAAAGGACAUGGAGCCUCGGUCGGAGGAUGGUCAGUUUGAAGAAGUCACUGUCCAACAGCUCCCUCAGUUGGAACAUGGUGGAAAUCCUGAUAAAACAGUGGAGAUCGCUGUCCGUCUUUCACCCAAACAGCUGGAUCAUGUGGCUCCGGUGCUCGAGGAGAUCAUCCAUGAAAUAGUGGUGGAGCGUCAGAAAGCCAAAUAGCGAGGCUGAGGAUACAAGAGGAUGAAUACUGUGUAAAUUCUUCAAAAAGCACUGAAUGCUCAAAUGUUUUACUGUAUUUUAAUGAAUCAGUCAAUAAAAGGAAGUCAUCAUGUUACUAA